GGGGAAGGGAAGGGGGGGGGGUGUGGAUGUUCCAGAAACAGAAACCAGCGUCAGCCAGAGAGCAACCGCAGCCAAGUUCCCGAAAGGGGAAAAGAAGAAGAAGAAGGAAAAAAAGAAGAGCCGAAAUGCAGACGUGCCGGGAUUUGCGGCGGACGGAGAGUAGUAUAUCUCCACCGCGCCGUACGUACGGACGUGCAUGCAUAUCUGGCUGCCUGCCCGCCCUAGACACCUGCCUGCCUAACGAACGUCCCGUGCCGUCUGCGGGCGUAGGUGCGUUGCGGGAGGGAAAAAGAAAAAAGAAAAGGGAGGGGGGGGUAGGGCUGACGGUCUGGGAUCGGACGAGGAAGCACUGGGUGUACGAGAACCCCCGAUCCCCAAUCGUUGGGAAGGAGAGGAGAGGAGAGGAGAAAAGGAACGACGAGGGGAGUAGGAGAGAACGCCCCCAACGUCUACGUUUCAGAGUCGGGCGGUGCCAUUUUUGUCCCGUCUGCCAUUUGGGGGUGGAGUGAACCGCUAUACUUACCUGUAUGUCGUGCGUUUACGCAUGUAGGUAGGUGGAUAGGCAGGUAGGCUUAUGUGCUCAUGUGCUUGUGUGUGUAUGUGUGUAAGAGUAUUGUGUGUGUGUGUGUGUGUGUGUGCUAGUCUUAUCCGCCCACACACCCACACACACACACACUUACACCUAU